UGCUGCAGGACUGUGUGUGUGUGUGUGAUUGUGCGUGUGUGUGUGUGUUUCAGGGCUGUGAAUUAUGGGCCCCUGCUGUCACUGUGACUGCUCUGCGUUGGACAUUUCACCUCGCCACUGUAAAUUUAAAAAGAGGAUUACAUUUUGCUGACUGCUGAUCUCUCAGAGAGCCGUAUAGCUUGAACAUUGACCACCAAGUGCAGACAGAAGAAGACUUCACACAGUCCGCAGGAUUUGGGAUCAUUUUUUACAGCAGGGAGUCUGAACGAGGAGAGAUAUUCCCAGUAUAGGUUGCUGUUUUUUUUUACGCAUCUAGACUCUUUCUCUCCAGGGACGUAAAAAAAAAAAAAUGGUUUUGUAGUUUUGACUGGGCGUUUUGGACGCGCUCGGUAAACGGUGAUGCUACGUAGAGGGAAGAGACAGGUGAGGUGCGGCUGAAGGAGCUGCCGCUGCUGCUGCUGCUGCUGGUAUUACACACAGAGAGAGGAGGCUCUGGAUACGGAGCGAGAGCACCGUGGUAUCCAUCACCCUUUUCUCCACAGAGAGAGGAAGAAGAAGAGCGACCGGAGAGGGCGAGUUGGCGACUGGCACCUGCCUCCUCCUGCCUCCCUAUACCUGGCCAUCUGCUGCGUGCAUGUGUGUUGCUGCCAUGGCGACCGUGGCUCCACCCCUCACAUUUCUUCUCCUGCUGCUUCAACUGGCGGAUGGCUCGUUCCCAGAGGAGCCCAGUCCACUCAGCUACGUCCCCUUGGAGGUUGUGCGGAGGUAUCCAGUGUUCUUGGGCAGAGCUCAUCGUUCAGCCCAGAGACAGGAGCUGCACAUCCAGACGGUCCUCCAAGUCAACCGCACGCUCUACAUAGGAGCCAGAGAUGACUUGUACAGAGUGGAGCUGGAUAACAUGGCAGGUGAUGAGAUGUUCUAUAGCAAAAAACGGACAUGGGAAUCCAAUAAGAACGACAUUCGAGUGUGCCGGAUGAAGGGCAAACAUGAGGGAGAGUGCCGUAAUUUCAUCAAGGUUCUGCUCAGCCAGCAUGGUGGCCUGUUUGUAUGUGGAACAAACGCCUUCAACCCGCUGUGUGCCAACUACACUAGGGACACUUUAGAAAUGGUGGGAGAGCCUGUCAGUGGGAUGGCACGGUGCCCGUAUGAUCCACGACACGCCAACGUGGCUCUAUUUGCAGAUGGUAGUCUCUUUACGGGUACUGUGACAGACUUCCUGGCCAUCGAUGCGGUGAUCUAUCGUAGCCUCGGCGACAGCCCCGCCCUCCGCACAGUCAAACACGACUCCAAAUGGUUCCGAGAGCCCUACUUUGUGAGCUCCAUGGAGUGGGGGCCUCAUAUUUAUUUCUUCUUCAGAGAGAUGGCCAUGGAGUUUCAUCAUCUAGAGAAGGUGAUGGUGUCCCGCGUGGCUCGGGUGUGUAAGGCAGACCUGGGAGGCUCUCAACGCGUCCUUGAGAAGCAGUGGACCACAUUCCUGAAGGCGAGGCUCAACUGCUCCGUCCCGGGAGAUUCACACUUUUACUUCAACCUCCUGCACGCCACGAGCGGCAUCAUUCACAUGCAGGGACGAGACGUCAUCCUGGGGCUCUUCUCCACGCCACCAAACAGCAUCCCUGGCUCUGCGGUGUGCGUGUUUGACAUGCAGCAGCUCGCUCAUGUCUUUGAGGGCCGGUUUAAAGAGCAGAAAUCCCCCGAGUCUAUUUGGACUCCUGUCCCGGACGAAGCGGUGCCUAAACCGAGACCAGGGGGAUGUGCAGUGCAGGGAUCCAGAUUUAGCUCCUCUACCACGCUGCCGGAUGAGGUGUUGAACUUCGUGAAGACCCACCCACUGAUGGACGAGACCGUUCCACUGCUGGGGCACAGACCCUGGGUAGUCAAGACUAUGGGACGAUACCAGCUGACAUCCAUGGUGGUGGACACUGAAGCUGGUCCCCACAAGAACCGCACGGUCCUGUUCCUGGGCUCUACCCGAGGAACCAUCCUGAAGUUUCUAAUGAUCUCCAGCGGAGAUGCUGUCUCCCACGGCAGCGUGUUUCUGGAGGAGGUGGAAGGAUUCAACCCGGAGAAGUGUGGCGAGGACUCUCCUCAGGCUCGUCAGCUCUUGUCGCUGUCGUUGGACCGGCCCAGUCACACUCUGCUGCUGGCCUUCCCCUCCUGUCUGGUUCGAGUGCCCACGUCUCGCUGCCACCUGCACUCACGCUGCAUGAAGAGUUGUCUCGCCUCCAGGGACCCGUACUGUGGCUGGACCAGAGGCAGCACCUGCUCCUUCCUGAGACCAGGCACACGGCUGCCUUUUCAACAAGAUGUGGAAUAUGGAAACACCACCUCCCAUCUAGGAGACUGUGAUGGAAUUCUGCAGCAGAGUUUGCUGAUUGAACCGGAGAGCUUGGUCUCCCUCAACCUGCUCGUGGCGUCCGCAGUGUCCGCGUUCACCAUCGGGGCGGCGCUCUCCGGCCUCGCCGUCUGCUGGAUCAUGGCCCACAAGCCCACCAACCGCCGCCACGCCAACGCCUCCCAGUCCUCCAUCCAGCGGCGUGAGAGAGGCCUGCUGACUAACGGCGGUGGGAUGGGAGGCUCCGUGCUCAGUGUGACGCGGCAGGGAGGCGGGGAGCGCCCCUGCACUCAGGGCGGGGAGACCCUGUUCGUCAUGCCCAACGGCUGGGUGAAGUCGGGAGAGCUUGACCCGGGUUUCCUGCCGACCCCGGAGCACACGCCCCAGCAGAAACGCAGAGGCCUGCGACUGUCCGACUCCAACUCCGGAGGGUGGGACACCAGCCAGACGUACCUGGGGGGAGGCUCCGUGGGUCUGGGUUCACCCUGCCGCAUCCCACCCUCCGUCUACCUGACCACAAGACUCUUCCAGCAGGGGGUAGUUGGGAGACAUGGCGGGGAGGGCCGAGGGAAUGACACGCCACGCCAGCACUAUGUCUGCCUGAGCAAGCAAGAAAAAGGAAUGAAGGGGACGCCCAAAGCCCCUCUCCGGAAGUCUGCGGGAGAAUACGUGUACCCCAUGACCCCCCAGGACUCCCCCGAGCGUCGGAGGGUGGUCUCAGCACCCAGCGCCCCCAUGGAGUACGGCGAGCCGUUGCCCUUGCGCUGGCCAGCCCCGGAAGGAUACAUCCUUAGCAGCCACGGCAUGGUCCCCGUCCCCAUGCCUCAACCCUCCAUGCCCGCCCCCAGUGGCCAGGCGUACGUGUCCCAGCAACACCAACACCAACACCAACACCAACACCAACACCAACACAACCCCGCGCUGAGCAGGGCUCUGCUGAGAGGGGCCUUGGAGCGAGGGGAGCUGGGCGAGCUGGUGGAUCUCAGCCAGCUGAUGAGUAAGAAGAACUGCAGUGACAGGACUCAGACUGGCCAGUGACUCUUGAGAAAAUGAAGUGGACGGGAGCUUUUCCAUGUCCAGAGCUCUCUCUGUUUUAUUUACACAGAUCUCUCUUUUCCCCUCAUUCUGUCCAUCCCCCUCUCCCUUCCCUUCUCUUUUUCCUACAUCUUUAUUUGUCAUUCAGCCCCUCUGAUCUCCUCUGUCAGUCUCUCAGGCAAUCCCUCCUCCCCCCCCUUUCACCCCAUGACGAGUCUCUCUGUAUGACUGGCUGCUGGGUCUGCCACUCAUAUCCUGGCUCACACUAAUUGGUCAGAUGGACUGAGGUUGUUGCUGUGUCUGCAUUGCAGAGUUGCCUCUCUCUCUCUCCUGCUACUCAGCAGGAUGAGGGAGGAGAGAGGAUGGAGGGGAAGGAAGGAAAGAAAGAAAGAAAGAAAGAAAGACAGCAGAACAGGAGGGCAGAGACGACGGAGACAAAGAUGGACAUGGCACUUAGAGGCUGCCUUCUCUGUGCAGAUUAACUGAGGCUGCAGUCAAAUACUGCUACAGGAGUGGGAUGCUUGUUCCCUCUUGGAUAACAUUAACAAGGCUGCCACCCAUCUGUUCUCCUCUAUAUUACCUGUUGGUCUGAUUGCCAACUAGGUACUUGAAGUGAAAUUGCGAAAAUCUGAGCAACCUAAAAGCUGCAGGCGACUCAUCAGAAACUGAAGUCAUUCUGACUGUAAACACAAAUCUAAUGGAUGGUGAGGAAAUCCUUCUCUCUGUGUCUCUCUCUUCCUCUUGGCUACACACACACGCAGUAGAUGCAGACAUGUUUUUUUUGUACAGGUGACGGAGGGUAUUUAGUAUUCUAUGUGUACGAGAAGCACGACGCGUGUGUGCCAAAUGCCUCUAACCUGCACCACAGGGAUACGGGACCAUAACUCACGUCUUUGGAGAGCAGAGUGCAGGACUGAAAUGUCAGCACUAUUUCUGCCAACCGCAUGCUCUCUGUAAUGACGGCAUCUCUGCCGCCCAUCGCUCUAUUCGUUUGCCUCCCAUGUACUCUUUAAUGACCAAUAAUUCCACGAGGACAUCUGGGGAGAUUGCACCCGAAACACUUGGACUGACUUGUGUCAGAGCUGGAUGGAAAGGAGAGGUGUUUUAGAGGAUUUAAAGUGAAUGCACUGCAAUAUCUGAACGCCUUGUCCUUCACUGUCACCUUAGGGUUUUUACACACACACACACACACACACACACACACACAUUCAUGAAUGCUGAAUUAUAGAACACAGUCCAGUUUUAUUGGGUAAAACUUCCCCUCAAGCCAACAGUGGGUCAAGGUCCCACAGACGUGAUACAGAACUUAGUGACAGCUACAGUGGCGAUGAUUGAAACCUCUGGCCUAACUCAAAGCCAAUAGGGGUAAUGGAAAUGUUCCCAGCAGGCAAAUGGGACCAUAUAUUCAGCCCAUCAAAGUGUCCAGUCGGCGUUUAGAUCAACACAACACGGUGCGAGCGUGUUAGCGAGGAGAUGGGAGUCAUAAAAUAAGUGACAAGAUAAAGAAGACGGAAGCAAAAAGCAAGUAAGACUUGAUGAAAACGACGCCGAGAAUUUGUUACAACUGACCAGAUGACUUGAUUUAGGCGCUCGGUCCCAGUCAGUCAGUGAGCAAAUGAACGCUGGUUUUGCUCUGACCCUUGUGGCGAGCAGCAAUAUAUGGUUUAUCUGUACAUAGUAAACUUUAAUUUAGAUAAAAAUGAUCAUGUAACUCCAAAAAAAAAAAAUAUCAGGCACUAGCUUGCAAACAAAAACAAACAUGUAUCAUGUCAUUAUAGCUGUUAAUGUAUGAAAAUCUUGUUUUUAUAUCAAGAUUGAAAUCACCAUUUUUUUUUUACAUCUGUGUGCCAAAACCAUGAAUGAUUUACUGAUGCCUGAUUACUGAAGCAAAAAAAAUUGUUUUAAAGUGCCAUGAAGACCAUUUCAGUCAGCGGUGCACCUGCGUGUACUGCCACUUAUUGCAGUAUACUUGUGAUAUGUAUGCCUUCGACCUUUACAUGCUGAAUGUUAUAUAUUAUUUUUUUAUUUAGAUGUCGGCUUGUACUGUUGAAAUCAUUUUGUUUCAGCUCCCCCUGUCUGUCUGUCUGUCUGUCUGGAUGCUACCAGCAGUGUUUGAGGGUCUGUUUAUAAACUACUAUCAUGUCACACUUAUAUACUGUAAAUAUGUAAGAAUGAGACACUUUGUCAUGCCCUUUAUGAUUGUACCGUAACGCAUUCACUGACGCCAUCCAGAAUAUGUAAUAAUAAUGAUUUAUAUGGAAGUAGUUGAUAAGCACACCUUCAAAUGGACCGAAACGCUGCGAGGGAACACUGCGUUAUCUCAUUUUUCGUCUUGUUCUAGUGAUCGUCUGUCCGUCAACUGCCAUACUGGAGGAUCUUGAAAAUACUCGUCAGCAUCAUGAGUGAAUGAAUGUACUCACUUUUUUUUGUUUAUUGUCAUUAUACUGUGCAGUAAUAAGGAAAAGCACAAAAACUUUUCUCUUUUCGUUUUUGCAUUUUUGAAAAAGGAGCUGUAUCAUUUGUGAAUAGUGUAAAUAAUCACCCGGAAAGGUCUAGUGUAUCGGUGUUGAGGGGGAUCGUUCAUGCUCUUCUGAGACAGGACUGUGUUUGAAGUGUGAGGUUUUUUUCUCUUCGGUGACGAUGCUGUGAAUAAGAUGUAUGUACAGUAUUUACGUGACUUUGGCUGACUGCUGAGUUCAGCUGUUUCCUGUUAUUAGAGUAGAGUCGCAGGCCUGAUCUCAGCCAGAAACUGAGCCUUCUCAUUUGACUGAUGCCUGCUGAGUUUUUUUUUUUUGCAGUUGCUAAGAUACUGCUGUUAUAAUAACCAUCGAUCUUUGGAGUACUGCUAUUAAAUGGCAUUAUAUAAUUGACUGCUAA